AUGCGGGCGCCGGUCGGGCCGGGUCUGCUGCUCUUGCUCGCCGUGGGCCUCCCGCAAAGGCUAGGACUCAAGUGUGGGAUCCGUGCGGUUGAUGUGAAAAGUACAGAAACUGUCUUGGAAACUGGGUUCUUUCCUAGAAUUGUUGGUUGGAGAAAUUCUACAGUCGGUGGACAUCCGUGGCAGGUCUCCCUAAAAUUAGGGGAGCACCACUGCUGUGGAGGAAGCUUGAUCCAAGAGGAUCUGGUUGUUACUGCAGCACACUGCCUGGUUGGCCUCAAUGAGAAGCAAAUUAAGAGUCUGACUGUGACUGCUGGGCAGUACAGCCUCUCUCAGAAGGGUGAACAUGAACAGAAGAGUCCUGUCUCAAAAAUUAUUAUCCAUCCUGAGUACAAUAGACUUGGAUAUAUGAGUUCUGAUAUUGCACUGCUCUAUCUAAAACACAAGGUUGAGUUUGGAACUGCUGUUCAGCCAAUCUGUCUUCCCCAUAGAGAUGAUAAAUUUGAAGCAGGGAUUCUUUGCAUGACUAGUGGAUGGUGCAAGAUCUCAGAGACAUCAGAAUAUUCAAACGUCCUACGAGAAGUAGAACUUGCCAUCAUGGACGACCGAAUGUGUAACAGUGUGCUCAAGGGUAUGAACUUUCCUCUUCUGGGAAAGACCAUGAUGUGUGCCAGUUUUCCUGAUGAAGAAAAAGAUGCCUGCCAGGGAGACUCUGGAGGUCCGUUUGUUUGUAGAAGAGACAGUGGAAUCUGGGUCCUUGCUGGGAUAACUUCCUGGAGAGCUGGUUGGACCAGAGAUUGGACUUCUUUAAGAACAAACCAUAGAGGGGCAUCACUGGGCAUUUUCUCCAAGGUGUUUGUGUUGAUAGAUUUUAUCACUCAGAACAUAUUCACAGGAAUGCCCAGGGGGCAGCCGCUGCAGAGUAGAGAGAAACUGGGCAUUAAGAAGUUGAUAACUCCUGCGGUCCUAAACAGUAUUCUUCGAGGGCACUUAUGUAUGUGGAGAAUAAUGGUACCAGAAGAUAAAAUUAUCCUGAUAAAAUUUACAAGCUUAGACAUACCAAAUCAAGUUGGAUGUGACCAUGACUAUAUAUCUUUACAAUCAAGCAAUGGAGUGCUUAUUAGUAAGGUCUGUGGAGGUCUGUUGCCCUCAUCAUUGCUGACAGAGACCAAUGAGGCCACAGUUACAUGCGUUUCUAGGACAGGAAACAGUGGCAACAGCUUUGAGCUGACCUUUACUGCUGUAUGGAAGAACUCAGGAGCAGGUUCAGGCUAUGGGAGUGUGGCUGCACCAGUGGAAGGAGGGACAAUUCACUCUGUCGAUUAUCCUGACUUGUAUCCCACGAAUGUAAGGUGUCAUUGCUUCAGUCAUUCUCCAGAGAAACCCAUUAUAAAGUUGGAAUUUGAGGACUUUAUCACUGAAUUUAGCCAAAACUGUGUUUAUGACGCUGUUGUGAUUUAUGGUGAUCCUGAAGAGGAGCACGAGUUAGAUAAGCUUUGUGGAAUCUUGAACCCUACUCCAGUAUUCAGUUCUAAUUACAUGCUGGUGAUUCAUUUUAAAAGUGAUGGUGAAAAUACCUUCCAGGGCUUCAAGGCUAGAUUCACCUUUGUGCUCUCAGACUCUUUAAACCAAGUUGGAUCAACAUCACCCCCCAAAAUCAAUCCCGUAUCUUCUGCAAAAGCUAUUCCAUAUGAUGAUUUCAUCUUCUUUGCUGUAGGCAUCUGUGGCAUCCCUCCAUUUAGUCUCCAGUGGCUUUCCAGAAGAAUUGUAGAGGGUGAAGAAGCCUGCCCCCACUGCUGGCCAUGGCAGGUGGGUGUGAAGUUUCUAGGUAGUCACCAGUGUGGAGGGGCCAUCCUCAACCCCACUUGGAUUCUGACUGCAGCCCACUGUGUGCAAUCGAAAAAUAAUCCUCUCUUCUGGACCAUUGUUGCUGGGGACCAUGACAGAACCCUGAAGGAACCAACAGAGCAGGUGAGGAGGGUAAAACGCAUGGUGGUGCACGAAGACUUCGAUAGACGGAGCUCUGACUCGGACAUCGCCCUGAUACAGCUGAGCUCUCCUCUGAAGUUCAACUCCGUCGUGAGGCCGGUGUGUCUCCCGCAAAGCACGGAGCCGCUCCUGUCCUGGGAGAUCUGUGCUGUGACUGGAUUGGAAAGCAUUAGUGAAGAUGGCGGCUUAACAAGGCGCUUCCAGCAGAUUCGGGUGUCCAUGUUAGAAAGCGAGGGGAGCGAACGUACUUACUCCUCUCACCCAGGAGGGCUCACGGAGAAGAUGAUGUGUGCUGGCUUUGCAGACUCUGGAGGGAAAGAUUUCUGUCAGGGAGACUCUGGUGGCUCAUUAGUAUGUAGACAUGAAACUGGUCCCUUUGUCCUGUAUGGCAUUGCCGGCUGGGGAGCUGGCUGUGCCCAGCCAAGGAAGCCGGGUGUAUUUGCCAGGGCGAGUGUCUUCUUGGACUGGAUCCAAUCCAAAAUCAAAGGUCCUGCUUCACUUCAGAUAAAUAAUGAAAGCAAAACCUUACCAAGACAACAGUUGCCACCACCCACACCCUCAACAGACAAUGCAUCUGGACCAGGUUGUUACUCUGAGGUGGAACUAGAAGAACCCAGAGGCUUUUUCUCAACUCCAGGAUAUCCACUGGAUUAUAGAGGAGAACUGGAAUGUUCUUGGGUGCUCAGAGUGUCCCCCAACAGUAUGGCAAAAUUGACGGUUGAGUACCUGUCACUGCCUUGGUCUCCUGUGUGUCCAGAUUCAGUUAUGACUCUUUACGAAGAAAGCCAUGAUGAGAGAAGGGUGUCAGGUGAAUUAUGUGGAAGAGGGCUUUACCCAAUGAUUUUCAUGAGCUCUGGACCACUGGUGAGAGUGGCAUUUCAUUCCCUUGUGCAAGGUGCUUUGGGCAUAAGUUAUAUUGUCUUUAGAGUCCAAGGUCCAAGGGGCAGCAAAACUACCAAACUUCUCCAGAGUUCAAACCAAGAACAUACAGCCACUUGGGAGGAUGUUAUCCUGACUAAACCAGGAGGAAUCAUACAGAUCCCAAGAUACUCUCACAGAACCAUUAUGAGUUGCCACUGGAAGUUAUCAGCCCCUUUACAGCACGUCAUUCGCCUUGAUAUUAUCAACUCCCAGAUGAAGCCGACGCCCUUGGCCUGUCAGGGUCACAUGUGGGUUUAUGAAGGAUUUGGAUCAGGCAAAAAAUUAAUAGAUUCCAUGAGAGGAAAAAACAAAGUUAAUGAUAAAGGAUGUCCAGUAUUGGAUUUGAUUCCAGUUAGUUCUACUGAGAUCACAUCUCCCAAUUAUCCUAACAUUUAUCCCAACAUGCUGAACUGCACUUGGACUUUUUAUUCCAAGUCAGGAAAUAAAAUGAAGGCAGUGAUGAAAGACUUUACAACAGAAGCAUCUUGGAACUGUGAAUGGGAUUAUUUCAGUAUUUAUGAUGGACCAGAUCAGCAAUCAAGAUUACUUGCUCAUUUAUGUGGUUCCAAGAAAGAAUUUGUCUUGAUAUCCAGUGGUGCUUACCUGACCAUGAAUUUUAAGACUGAUAAGUCUGUGGGAGAAAGAGGUUUUAAACUUAUUUUGGAAGAUACAGUUCAGAAGCAUUCACAAAAAAGUAAUAUGGGAACCCAACUGCCUAUCAAUGAAGAUGAAUUUUCUAAAACCAUGCAGGAGGCAAUGGUACCACUGAUCAGCAGUACAUCUUGUCGAAGCUACUGGGGACUGGAUAUUAAAAACACCAACAUAUGUGGAGGGGCUGUGGGCUCAUCCUCGUGCAUGGUAAUUCCAGGAUGCAUUGAUGAAUGUGGUUUUCUUCUCAGUGUGUCUCAUCAAUGGGUGUUUGCUGACCAUAAAGAGGGAGAUUCUGGAGGACCGCUGCAGUGUGCCCACGACGGACAGUACGAGCUCAUCGGUAUCGUGAGCUGGGGCAGCAGUAACUGCCAGCCUAGCGCACCCACGGUCUUUGCCAGAGUUUCUGCCUACAGGGACUGGAUCGCAUCUGUCACUGGAGGAGAAGCGUGA